AUAUAUAUAUACACACACACAAACUGUUUAAGCCAAAGGCUUUGGUUUAGAGGGAUAUAGGCAGAUAGCGUUAAAACUGUCAGAGAUGGAGAUGAAACCGCCGCCGUUUACUCUUGGUUACCACAUGCCUGCUGAAUGGGAACCCCAUUUACAGUGCUGGAUGGGUUGGCCUGAACGUCCUGAUAAUUGGCGAGACAAUGCGAAACACGCCCAACGUGUGUUUGCUAGGGUUGCGACUACAAUCUCAAAGUUCGAACCUGUGACCGUCUGUGCAAGUGCUGCUCAGUGGGAGAAUGCGCGAACUCUGUUACCGCCAAAUGUCAGGGUUCUUGAAAUGAGCAUGAACGAUGCUUGGUUUCGUGAUACUGGGCCAACUUUUGUUGUAAGGAAAGGAGCAGUGAUUUCUGAUAACCACAAGCACAGAGUUGCCGGGAUCGAUUGGAAUUUUAAUAGCUGGGGAGGGAUUGAUGAUGGUUGUUAUGAAGAUUGGAGUCUCGACCUUCUCGUGGCACGGAAGAUAUUGGGAAAUGAGAGGCUUCCUAGAAUUCCUCAUACGAUGAUUCUUGAAGGUGGAAGUAUACAUGUAGAUGGAGAAGGAACUUGCCUCACGACCGAGGAGUGUCUUUUGAACAAAAACAGGAACCCAAAUAUGACUAAAGAAGAAAUAGAAAAUGAACUUAAGGCAUAUCUUGGAGUUGAGAAGGUUAUCUGGUUGCCUCGUGGAUUAUAUGGUGAUGAUGAUACGAAUGGUCAUAUUGAUAAUAUGUGUUGCUUUGCAAAGCCUGGUGUUGUUGUGUUGUCUUGGAUUGAUGAUGAAAAGGACCCUCAAUAUGAACGUUCCAUGGAAGCAUUCACUGUUCUCUCAAAUGAAAAAGAUGCCCGUGGUCGGAAAUUAGAAAUAGUCAAACUCCAUGUCCCUGGGCCGCUUUAUAUGACAGAUGAAGAAGCUGAUGGAGUUGUUCAAGAUGGUGACGCUAAAGCGAGACUUCCUGGUACACGACUUGCUGCUUCUUAUGUAAACUUCUAUAUUGCCAAUGGAGCGAUCAUCUUGCCACAAUUCGGGGACCAAAAGCGAGAUGACGAAGCUGUUUCCGUCCUUUCUCAAACCUUUCCAAACUAUAAAGUUGUAGGAAUUGAGGGUGCUCGAGAAAUUGUUUUGGGAGGUGGAAAUAUACAUUGCAUUACUCAACAACACCCUGCUAUCUGAUAUUUUAACCAAAAAUACAAAAUUUCAAGUCGUUUAAUUUGGCUUUCAGUUUCUGCAGCAGAAGAUAUGGGUUGCAUCAAUAAACACCAUUCUUACAGACUUACACACACAAAGUUAUAGUAAUUUAUCAAUGGACUUCACUUAUGGUUGCCUUUAGGUACUUUUCAAAGAUAAGUAGUUUUAAUACAUUGUCAUCUUUGUUGUAUUCGUAUGCUAUACGUAUGUUCGACAUAUACUUUUUCUCUUAUAACAUUUCCUUUUUCUAUUAUUUACUUAAA